UAUAUUACCGUUUUCGUAGCAAACCAAAACCGUUACAUAAGCACCUAAAAUCAUAUUCAACACAUUCAACUGCGUUACAAAAUGUUCAAACGUUUCAACAGAAAUAUCUCAUUCUCCGAACAAGAACAAUUACCACCAUCUGAUGUCAAGGAAGUUUUUUCCGAAUUCUCCAACGGCGGAUCAGCAUUGUCUGCUGAUCAGCUACGGCAAUUUUUGGUUGAACAUCAAAGCGAAACUAACUGCACCGAAGAUGAUUCAAACCGGAUCGUUCAAAAUGCAAUACAAUCGCGGAAAAGUGGUGUUGCUGGUGAUGGCAUUUCCGGCACCGGAGAGGAACUCACCCUUGAAGAAUUCUUCCAGUUUUUGUUCUAUGAUGAAUUUAAUGGUCCCAUAAAAUCACAGGUACACCAUGACAUGAAUGCCCCGUUAUCACAUUAUUUCAUAUACACAGGACACAAUUCCUAUCUAACUGGCAAUCAGCUAAGCAGUGAUUGCAGUGAUGUACCAAUCAUAAAGGCGUUGCAACGAGGCGUGCGCGUUAUAGAACUCGAUUUAUGGCCAAAUUCAGCUAAAGAUGAUAUCGUUGUAGUUCAUGGAAGGACACUUACAACUCCUGUCUCACUAGUCCAAUGUUUGAAGUCCAUAAAAGAAUAUGCAUUUGUUAAAUCUCGCUACCCUGUCGUUAUAACUUUAGAAGAUCAUCUUACACCAGAUCUUCAAGCUAAAGUUGCAGAGAUGACAACUCAAAUAUUUGGAGAUAUGCUCUAUUUUCCGCAUACAGAAACUAUGACAGAAUUCCCAACACCAGAAUCACUAAAAGAUCGAGUUCUUAUAUCGACGAAACCGCCAAAAGAAUAUCUUGAUUCCAAACAAUUUAAGGAUACUAGUGACAGUGAAAGGGAAAUGGGUGAAGAAGGAUCAUUGUCACCAGCCCUUAGUGUUGAAUGUGAUGAAAGAUGCAGUGGAAGUGAUCUUGAUGAGGAAGGUUUGAAUCCUCGUGAUAAAAAGCCAGACCAGCAAAGCGCACCACAGUACAAACGUUUGAUUACAAUCCAUGCUGGUAAGCCCAAGGGUCAUAUAAGGGACCACCUAAAAGUUGCUGGUGAUGUUAAGCGUUUGAGCUUGAGUGAGCAAGAACUUGAAAAGGCUUCGGCUUCUUAUGGAGCUGAUAUUGUUAGGUUUACACAGAAGAAUAUUCUUAGGGUGUAUCCAAAGGGAACACGUGUCACCUCUUCGAAUUACAGGCCACAUAUAGGGUGGAUGUAUGGAGCUCAGAUGGUCGCAUUUAACAUGCAGGGGCAUGGAAAAUCACUUUGGUAUAUGCAAGGAAUGUUUAGAGCAAAUGGAGGGUGUGGUUAUGUGAAAAAGCCUGUUUUUCUUAUGGAGAAAGGUCCACACAGUGAGUGUUUUGAUCCUAAAAGAACACUGCCAGUGAAGAAGACAUUGAAGGUGAAAGUAUACAUGGGAAAUGGGUGGAACUCAGAUUUUAGCAAAACACACUUUGAUACAUUCUCUCCUCCGGACUUUUACACAAAGGUUUGUAUUGUUGGAGUACCGGCUGAUGAAGUCAAUAAGAAGACCAAAGUAAAUAAAGAUAAUUGGUUUCCAAUUUGGGAUGAAGAGUUUGAUUUUCCUUUGAGCGUUCCAGAGCUUGCUUUGCUUAGGAUUGAAGUUAGAGAGCAUGAUAAGCAUGAAAAGGAUGAUUUUGGUGGACAAACAUGUUUGCCAGUUUCUGAGCUGAAAUCUGGAUUCAGAGCAGUUCCUUUAUAUGAUCAAAAGGGUGAGAAAUUAAAAUCUGUAAAGCUUUUAAUGCGGUUUCAGUUCACAUGAACUAAUUGCCUUAGCCCUUAAGCCAUAUGGUCUCAAAUAUUCCUAGGUGGUUUUGCAUCUGACUAGUGAUUAGUGAUUACAAGAAGACUGUUGUAAUUUUAUAGAUAGAUUGUUAUGUGAUUAACUGCUUCAAACAUAACUAUGGCCUUCAGAGGUUAUAUUUACUUACCUUCAAGAUCAAGUCAUCAACUGAUAGAGUAGAGUAAUUAGAAACAGAA